AUGGGGACGCCAGACGAAGAUGGGAGAGGAAGAGAAACAGGAAUUGAUGGGCGGCACUUACCCCCUCCAAUUCAGCCCCCUCUUCCACAUUCAGGUCCCCAACUCAACAACCACACGCUGCUGGAGUUCACUCAGAGCGAUGCCGACGUGGGGUCUCUGAGGGUGACGGAGGCCGUUCUCUGGGUGAACGUGAGACGACCUUUUGGGGUCCGGCACCACGACCCCAGCCGCUCCAGGCUCUGGGUCUUCAGGGUGACUCCAGAGGAUAUCCGCCAGAACCCGUCGGCGGAGAUGGUGUCUUCUCUGCACGUGACCAGCCCGAGGGAGGGGUGGCGGCGUCUGGACGUGACCUCGGCGGUCCAGCGAUGGUUUGCGCGGCCAGGUGAGCGGCUGCGGUUACUGGUGGACUGUAGCGGCUGCAGCGGGGAGCUUGAGGCCGUCCUGUUCACUCCCCGCAAGCACAAAGGUGCUCACAAGCCUGGUUCACGGCGUGUAGAGGCCUACCACAGGCCUUUCCUGGUAGUGCACACGGCGCCCACCCCCUCCCGACGACUCUCCCGCCGCGCCCUCCAGUGUGAUAAAGACACCAAAAUGUGCUGCAAGCAGAACCUUUAUAUCUCCUUCAGUGAGCUGGGGUGGGACGACUGGAUCAUAGCGCCCAGCGGCUACAAUGCCAACUACUGCAAAGGCUCGUGCGCCAGUGUCUUCCGUUCGCCCGACUCCUUCACCCAUUUUUAUUCUCAGAUGCUGGAGGAGGUGAGUCGGCAUCGGCCCCCGGGCGCACUGACGCAGUGCUGCGCACCCACCAAGCUCUCGCCCAUGUCGCUCAUCUACCUGGAUGAGAUCUCCAACAUCAUCAAGCGCGAUGUGCCCCGCAUGGUGGUGGAGGAGUGUGGGUGCGCGUAACGCCAGGCGCGCGGAGAGAGCCACCCCCCGUGUGAUGGUUGACUGUGAUGCCGUGCCCGACGCAGCUUCGCCGGGCGCCACGCGUUCCUCCAAGGGACGAACUUCGGAUAUAGUCUGAUCUGUGAUCAUAACUUUAAGCAAAGUUGUCGUUGUGUUGUUAUUUGUUGUUCUUCUUGUACAGACUUGUAAAGUGUGCGGGCCAGAGUAGCCGCUGCCGCCGCCGCCGCCGCCGCUGCCGCCGCCGCGUCCAGGAGCCACCAGCAGGGUGCAGGGGUUGCCCACACACACACACCCUCACUGCUCCGCCCUCCACAUCAUUGCUGCCUCACCCACUGUUGCCUGGUGGUGGUGUCCCGCCCACUGUCUUAUGUGUCUGCUCACUGCCGCCCACAUGUGCCGCCCGUCACCCAUUGACGACCUACUACCCGCCCGCUGCUCAUGCAUCCGCCCAGUGUGUGUGUCCGCCCACCAGCCUGUGUUCACACGUCCGCCCACCGCCCUGUGUCCGCCCAUAUUAUAUUCGCGCCGUGUCUGCAUCGUACAGUCUUUGUGUGUUGGACGUGUCCCUCCCACCAGACUGUGGGCGUCGCACCCGCCACGAUCACCAUGACUCAUUACGCCCACACCCAGCCUAGGAUAACGCCCAUGCUGGGCUUCACUGCCCAGCCUAAACUCCUUUGCCUAUGUCCGGCCUAGGACCACCCGGCCACCGCCUUGUAAAGACCACGCCGGCCACUCCUAGGGACAUCCACGUGGUCACAGCCUGCUGAGGUUCUCCUAGCCAUGGCCUGGCUAGGACUACAAGGUCUUGACCAAACCCAGGUGACCACAGCCUCGCUUGACACGCCCCAACCUCACCGUCUCCAGAACCCGUGACACGAGAGCAUGAGACAUAUACCCCCAGCUGAGUGUGACACUGACCCACCAAGAGGGCGCCGUGGCCCUCCCUGCCUUAUAGGAACUCCUGCCGGGGGAUCCACUAGCCUGAGGUAGACGCCAUACCGUAGGCAGAGCAAAAGAAGUUUGGUGCGCCGGAGAAAUUUUCUGCCUAUGUGUGAUAAUAACUAAUAGAGUAAAUAUAAGAAAUGUAGAGAGAAAAAGUGAUAGGUUUAACCUAUUCCAAAUGUGCUCAUAUUUGGUGUGGAGCAAGCAACACACUUGAGUGUCGCCGGUGGUGCUAGGUUUGUACCUUGUGACACGUCUAACAUUCCUCGUUACGCCGCACCUGUGAUGCGAGCAAAAUAAUUUCUUAAUAAGUUAAGAGCGUAUAAAACAAGAAUGUCUUUCAUGAAGGCACUAUCGGAGAGAGUCUCUUCCUAAAGCAGUAAAUGAUCUCGAAGUGUAGUGGCUGAGAGGAGGGGCUGCAACAAGAUGGAAACCAAGGACAAGAACCCGUCUCACUUGCAACACGAAGGACCUGGGACACAAAUUUGUCGCGUCUGCAACAUGUGUCAAAGGUCCAGCCAUUGUCGCAGUGCACGGUGAGAGCGAGGGGUGAUGUGCAGUCCCUUUUUCUUUGUCACCCAUGAGAGAUAUGUUUGGUUCAACCUCCCCUCGCCGGGCUAUAACGCCAGGCACACCCGCCAGGCACACCUGCCAGGCACACCCGCCAGGCACACCUGCCAGGGGGUUCGAGAGUGGUCCUUCUCACCUGAGCACCCGCGUCCUGCCAAAUGUGUUUGCAAACAUGUGUCACAUUCAUCGAUUAGUUAGUGUCAAAGGUCAGUUAGGGUGUAAAAGUAUUUAAGAUCACAGAUGUGUAAAUGUUCUGCUUGUGAUACCUUACCUAAAAGUUGGAUAAAAUGCCUUCUAAGUACUGGAAUUCAGUUGAUGGAAAAUCUUGCCUUGAUUCAGCCCUUCUGGCUGAAUAUCAGUCACAUUUACGCAAAAUAAUAUUAACAUUUUCCAUUUCGUACAGCUCCUAUUAUUUUGUCUUGUAGUGGGGGAAGCCAAGCAACGUUGUACAGGGGCAAGUUUUCCACAAUACUGAGAAAAGUUGAUGUAUCACGGGCGAACAUUGUACUCAAGAGUGUUCAAAUACGACCAGAUAUUAAGUUUUGUUGUAUGUGGACUUGUUAAGGUGGUGAGGGGAACUAGGGGGUCGUCACGUGCUCAGGUGAGGACCUAGUCUGUACUGCUUUGUCUUAUAAAGAUGUGAACAAAAUCUAAUUUCACUGUGUACCGACAGUUUCAUCUCUUCGUCAGAGGAUGAUCUAGAGGCUAACAUAACUUAUGAUAUGGUUUCAUUGACGAUAAUGAUGAGUUAUAUAUAUAUAUA